AUCAUCCCUUUCUUUGCAUGUUAAUGUCUGGUUCCCUCAUGGUCAUUUGCUAAUCUACAGGCUGUAUAACUUCGCCAUUUGCCAAGCUUUCUAUGGCGCCGUUUAUCUUCCGUUGGCACUGUAACGACUCAAUCGAUCGCGUAACAAUUUGACAACGGUCGUGGAUUAUUUGACAGACUGAUGUAACCGAAUUUUUGAAUUUUUUUUUUGUUCCAUUUUGGAUGCAACGAUCGCGGCAUUAUUGUGACCGUCGUUUUAUGUUACAUCGCACCUCUGAAUCACUUUCACGCAUCUAUUCAUACAGACUUUCCUACUUCCUCAAGUACCUAAUUUCGUAAAGGUUUGCAGGAUGAAUGAAUGGAUGGAUGACGAACGGCUCUGCCCUUUGUGUUCGGUGCCAGCUCGCGUCACCUGCUUAGGUUUAUUGACGGCUAAUCGUAACCUCUCUCCUUUCGCACCUUUCUAGCUGUUGUGGUGUUGGCUUUAGAGCCAUCCUAAACGCACCGAGGUACCCAGAAGAGCAUGGAAAGAUGUGUCUAGUCUUUCAGUGGACGAGCAUGGCCCGGGAACCGGUGACGCUGAAUGUCUAUGACAUGUAUUGGAUCAACGAAUACACAUCCCCCAUUGGCCUUGGUGUGUUCCAUUCCGGCAUUGAAGUUUAUGGCACAGAGUAUGCGUAUGGGGGCCAUCCAUUUGCCUUCUCUGGAAUCUUCGAGAUCGCACCCAAGUUUGCCACUGACCUUGGGGAGCAGUUCAAGUACAAACAGAGCGUGCUGCUGGGCUACACAGACUUCAACCAAAGCGACGUGCGCAAGAUUGUGGAAGAGAUGGGCUAUGAGUUCCGCGGAGACCGCUACCACCUCAUGAACAAGAACUGCAACCACUUCUCCGGGGCGCUGGGCAAGACGCUGUGUGGCGAGGGCAUCCCUCCCUGGGUGAACCGGCUGGCAUACUUCAGCUCGUGCGUGCCCUUCCUCCAACGCUGCCUGCCGCGGGAGUGGCUCACGCCCAUGGCACUGCAGGCCUCCAUCCGGGACGGCAGCCUGAGCCCGCCCACGGCGGGGGGCCCGGCGAGGGGUUCGGCGAGCUCCAAGCAGCAGCUCUGACCCCCGCCCCCGCGGCGGGCGAGCGUGCCGAUAACGAGGGGGCUGCGUCCCUCCUCCCCAGGUGCCUGGCCCUGCCCCCUUCGCUAGGAACCAAAGUGAAAAGACUUUGCUGCUAUCACAAUCGCUCGCUUCACUUCUGCAUCGGUGCCACGAAUCUCGCCCCAUCGCUUUAUUUGGAACAGUCAUGGACCUUCUAAUCAUUGACGACAUAAACGUGCAUCUAUGUGGAGUAACCCGCCACGUGAACUUUAUAUAAUGCAGUUUUCACGAACAAGUUGCCUCCCCGCUCCCAUUGCGAAUCUCGAGGGCCUUUCUUGUGACACCUAACUGGAAAACUUCUCAAGUGUGGAACAUCUUGUGAUGCAAUGAAGAUAGAGUGGGUGGGUGGGCUGUGCGGUUUACAAAUCACCAAAGGUAUGUGCAUUGCCAACCGUUAGGUUACAGUACGUUGCUUGCAAUGGCAAAAAAACUGAAAUUGACUGCUGCUUUCAAUUAUUAUAAUAUAUGUACUAUAUUUUUAUAGGGUUCUGCCCUUUUCUGUCAAGCCCAUGUGCGAGUGUUUGCAAGCGAAGUGUUCUUAUGUGCAUUAAUCGGACGGAAUAGCGACCCAUCUCGGGCCUGUUGCGAAGCUGGGCCGAGCUGUUGCGAGCGUUGACGAAGUGGCGACGCAUUGCAGUAUUCAUUGCAAACGAUCGGGGGACGACACUAAACUAUGAGGUUUAGGAGUUUCCCCAAGUUUUGUUGUUUGCGGGUUCCAAGGGGAUCAUGAAACGGAUUGUGGCAGUGAGCACGAGGUUGCGUAAUUUCUACGUCUUCAGUGACCCGCAUUGUUGUAUGUGGCCAUUAGCACUCGUUGCAUCCAGGGGUGGAUUUAGAGGGGGGGUCCGGAUGUCCUGACCCCCCUCUUGAUUUCUGCAUGUGUAAAAUUUAGGGCGUAAAACGAAGGAGGGGGUUCCUAAACAUAUGGUACGCUGACCGACACCUGACCCCCCCCCCCCCCCAGGAAAUUCCUGCAUCCGCCCCUGGUUGCAUCGUAUGAACGCGACUGUCCGACCGCGGAGUGAAAAAAAAAAGUCAUACUGGCAUUUGUUUUCCCAAAAGCUAGUAUGCACACACGAAAACCGGUGCCCGUUUCGUGCUUUCCAAUAGACCCUUUUCAAAAGCUUGAGCAGACGCCGGUUCGCCAUUGUUUGGUCACACACUUUGAGCAUGAUUUGGACACGAGGGCACUCAUUAGCCGAAACAAAACAAUUGUCUUAUGGUCCCUUAAGACCCAAACUCCCUUGGUCUUCAUGCUUUGUACGCAAGUGGCUGCAUAUGUAUUCAGUGGUGUCGUAGCCUUGAGGCUUUCACGAAAGGUUGAGCUCCAUUUUUAUAUUCAUUUGCAUACUGCCGUAGCUCGAACGUCAGUCACAGCUCUAGAUACUCGCCAGUAUGAAUACCUGCAGCCCAGAAGUGUGCGCUUAUGCAACACUUUCUCGUGCAAAUCUGUGUUCAGUUGCACAAAGAAUAAACAAAAAAAAGUGGCGCAAAGGUCAUCCCAGUACUAAGGGGGACUGAUGGAAAGAUGCUGAUCUGACUUGACGGUCAUUCUUGUUUACCUCUUGAUAUACGGGAACAAAAGCAUUUGGUCUUCUGUCAUUUCCAUAUAGUGUGAAGAGAGAAUGACUGCCAAGUCAACCUAGCAUUUGCAUCCUUUUGCUGGUCUUUGUGCCUUUGUUUUUGUGCUUUGCAACAUCUACUCGCCUAACUAGAACUUUUUAGCGACAUUUUUAUGUUUUUUCAGUAAAUUAAGGUGGAACCAUUGGUAAUUGGCAUUUUAUAUGGUGCAUAAAAAAGCUUACCAGGCAGUGAAAAUGGCAACGGUAAUAAAGCUAAAAGACAUGCCUUUUUAAGCAUGCAAAUGCAUCUCAUCUGCAAGUAAAGCAACAUACUUAUAAUAAUUAAAUAUAAAAAAAAACAAUUUUUUUUUUAAUGUUAACAAUUUUAAAAUUCGAAGUUUAACACACAUCAUGUUUGAAAAUAUAAGAGUGUGAGCUAAUGGUUCUGCAGCACGUCCCAUACUACAAGACGACCUCAAAAAGGAUUGAGAUUGCGCUUUCCCCUUUCAGGAGCGUUGAGAGCCAAGCGUGUACCUAUGGAUCGGGUUUGGCCACGGAAUUUGAAGGGUAUCUAGCCAAGCCGAGCCCAGAUACAAUUUCUGUUCGCUUGUCCAGCGUAGAAAAAAAAAAAGAAAUGGGGCAAAGUUUGUCACGCUUUGAGAGUCCGAAGACUACGGCAGAUUUCUUGGCUCUUUCUUUUCCCUGGCUUUCAAGACUGCACUGUGAUAUUUUGAGAUUAUUUCGAAAUGUUUACAGUACCGUAUACUUUAGCAUCCCCGUCUGUCUUUUUUUCCUGGCUCCCCCUCCCGUCUGAUUCUUGCCGACCGCCCCGCGUGUCGGCACUUGCAACGACUGCCACGCCUCGUUUCGGUGGCUUGCUGCGAGAUCCCCGCGUUUCUUUGUGUACAGUGCCAUCGAUCACACGUGCCAUGAUCUUGAGGGGUGACAAGGCAAGGUUAUAGCCUUCCCCUUACGCUCAGCAAAGCUAUCUUCUGUCUGGUCGUGAAGGCGUCGGGGAAGAAAUUGUCCGACGGUCCGAGUGAUCGUUUGGUGCCGAGUCGUGUUACUGGUCAAAGCGUGUUAGUAAUAGGCUCUUGCAGGUUAGGAAUAGCGGGCUCCUUUCACAAAGCCCUCCACCCUUUCCUCUUCAGCAGAGCAAGUGCUGAAGAGGAGGCGAGUGUAGAGAGCUUUUGUAAGGGGAAGCAUGUCUCGCUUUUCUUAACCUGCUAUAGGCUACGUUCCUCCGUGCUUGCGAAACACGAGGUUGCAUUUCUGUCGGGCCUGCAGUGCAGGCCACCUACACGUGGGGUGAGCGUGCCACUGCCAUUUCAUUAUCGGAGUUUUGCGGCGAUUUGACGGUGGCUGCAAAGUGUUUGUAGCCUUGUACCGUUGCGACAAGAAAGUUUUUGUGCGUGCCGUUCAGUGUGCUCAGUGCAGGUCUCUCUGCCUGUCUGUGUUUUCAACUAUAAAAAAAGAGUAUAAAACUAGCCUCUAGGAUUUUCUAAAAAGUAGUGUGCAGAUGAAGCGGCAAGGCGUUCCCAGGAGACCGAUGUCCGUGGGGAAUGAUGAAGUGACGGAUGUGACAAUUGUGAAACGUAGCGGUUAGAUUUUGCAUACACAGUUCGAAGUGUUUCCUUUUUUCUUUUACUUUGUUAUACUUGUACGACCUUCGUUCUAUGCAGGGGAUGCGUCCUCGUAAGUUUGUGCGUAUUGUUGCAGUGGUCGUGCGGCAGGGCAAACAUUUUUUUCGAACCGAACUGUCUUCUACUUGAGCAGCGAGCACAAUGCACGUUUAUUCCUGUUCAUGCUGCGUUGAGUAACUCAUGCUUUUUAUUUAUUCAUAAGCACACACACUCACAUGCACGUGAGAAAAAACAAAAGUACCAUUGUUGUAGGAGUAGGAUUAUUAAAAGUUGUCCCAUUUUUA